GAGCUGUCAACUAAAUACAUGACUACAUGUGUUGCUCUUCAAUAACUCAACAAUUCUCACUUCCUCUCUCAAACACAUACUCCACACACACACAUAAUGAAAUCAACAUCAAACUAUAAGGAGAAAGAUCACUUCUUGGGUACUACUACAACUUUUCUCUUGAUCUUCUGCAUAACAUGUGUAGCCCUAAUCACAUACACAAAUAACAUGCCUUUUCAACCAAGCAAACACAACUCAACCCAAAGAGAGAUCGAAACCUGCGAUUUAUUCAAAGGGCGGUGGAUCCCGGAUGCGGACGGCCCGCUGUAUACCAACUACAGCUGCACAACAAUUCCAACAUUGAAGAAUUGUUUCUUGCAUGGUAGAAAAGAUGCAGAUUUUCUUCAUUGGAGAUGGAAACCAGAUAAAUGUGAGCUACCUCGUUUUAGUGCACAAAUAUUUCUUAGGAUUCUCCGAGGUAAGAAGAUGGCUUUCAUCGGAGAUUCUUUAGCAAGGAAUCAGAUGGAAUCUCUUCUUUGUCUCCUCUCUACGGAAGAAACUCCAAAAUUAAUCGAAAGAGAUGCAGAUAACAGAUUCACAAUAUGGGAGUUUCCGAAACAUAAUUUCACCCUAACGGUAUACUGGUCGGCCUUCCUCGUCACAGCGACUGAGAUCGUAAUCAACGGCACCGGCACAGGCAACUUCGACCUGCACCUCGACACACCCGACCCCAAGUGGUCCGAGAAGCUACCGUCCAUUGACUACGCGAUCUUCAACAGCGGCCAGUGGCAUCUACGGGGGAACUACUUGCACGAGGGAGGCAAUGUCGUGGGCUGCGUCUACUGCCAUGAUCCAAACAUCACGAACUUCGGGCCGGGCCUAGCACUCAGGAGGUCAUUCCGGGCUGCAUUCAAGGCCAUCAACGACUGCAAGAAGUGCAACAAGAUUGUCACUUUCUUGAGAACGUUCUCUCCUUCUCAUUUUGAGCACGGGGAGUGGAACACUGGAGGACGGUGCAACAGGACUAGGCUUAUCGAGCUGGAUGAGGUGGACAGGGCCCGGCCCGACUGGGAGUACAGGAAUAUUCAAGUGAAGGAAGCGGAGGCAGCGAGGAGUGUAGGAAAAGAGAGAGGGAACGAGUUUGGAGUCAUCGAUGUUACAGAAAUGAUGCUGACAAGGGUCGAUGGGCAUCCGGGGGCAUACUGGAUUGACAAUUGGACGACGGGUUAUAAAGAUUGUGUCCAUUGGUGCAUGCCUGGCCCGGUGGACACAUGGAACGAGCUCCUGCUCGAGAUGGUUAAGCGACAGAACAAAAUAUCAUCAUAAAAAUAGUGGGGGCUAUGAGUCUGCAGAGAUGAAAAAGUUACUUUAUAUGCAGGGGGCUUGAUUGCUUC